AUGUAUAGGCCAGUUAGAGAAAAUAACUAUUUUAUGUACAUUUAUGAUAUUUAUGAUAUAUCUAACUAUACAGACUUAGAAUUCCCAAUAGUAGGGAAUAUUACUGAUGCUAACCCUCCAAGAGGAGAAGAUUUAGUUUUCUCUAAAGAUGAAACUCUUUUAGUUGUUAACUAUGGGUAAGGAAUAGUAAUUUAUGAUUCAUAGGACAAGUUUAACUUAAGAGCUUUAAGCUAUUGGUUUAUCCCUAUUAAUUUGAAUGGAUGGCCUUCAUCAAUAGUAUUAUCAGAUGAUAACAAGUAUUGUAUCGUUGCAUCAAGAACGAUUGGAACAUUUUUUUUACUUGACCUAUCAGAUAUUAUGAAGCCAAGAUUGGUAAAUCAAACUUACACAAAUGGGGCUGAGUUACUAUUAAAAUCUAGCGUAUACACUAAUAUAGCAUAUGUCUGCGAUGGUACUUCAGGUUUCGCUAUUUUGGAUUUUUAAGCUCUCCCAUAAUUCAAAUUUAUCAGCAGAAUACCUGUUGAUGGAUGGGCCAAUCACAUGACAUUAAUCUCUAAUGAAAAGUAUGCUAUUGUUUCUUCUAUGGAUUAUAAUGGUAUGAUAAGCGUUAUAGAUCUCAGCAAUUUAUAUAAUCCUGUUAUUAUAAGUAAAUACAUUGAAAAUAAUGAAUAAUCAAUUGCUAAUUGCGUCCUUAAAAGCUUAGAAUAUGGUUUUUCAACUAGCAACAAAGGUCUUAGAAUUUUUCCUCUCAGAAGCUAAAUUGCUAUACACUCUUCAUUUUACUUACUGACAGAAGAUUCUUCCGUUAAAGCUAUUUCAAAUAAUCUCUUAAUCGGUUAAAGUGUAUUAAUCUAGCUUCUCCUUUUAUAUGCGACAGACGGAAUGUAGAUCUUGGAUGUCUUUUAUUACAAAAAUUUUUAAAAAAGCAAUCUUCCAAGUUGGAUAGAAUUUAUAAAAGUUGAUAAUUCUAUAAAAAUGCUAGUCGAUAAAUAAGCAUCUUCAUCAUCUUCUACUUCUACUUAAAAUAUUCUGAUUAUUUAAACUGCAGUGCCUUUUUAAAGUAAUAGCUUUGUCUAUGAUGAAGUCCCUACAAAUCUUACAGAUAGUUAGUUAAUAUUUAAUCUCCUGAAAGAAAAGGGUAUUAUUAUGAAUAAUAAUUUAUUAUCAGUAACAUUUGAUCCUAAUAGCAUUUCUAUUAGUUUAUCAUAACUAGAUUUACCAUAAACAAAUCGCUUGGUAGAACUAGUAAUUCUCACCCUUUAAAGAGGUAUUUACUAUAAUCCUAUAUCCUUCUCUGUCUCAAGCUCUUUACUUUUUUAACCUGAUAAUUUAGAAAUGAUAAAUUCACUAUCUUAAGAAGUUAGAGUGCAGAUGACGAUUGAAUUAAACUCAGGAGGGACUUUUGUAGAAAAAUAAUAUUCAGGAGUUAUUACAUCCAUUUCUGAAGACGGUUAAUCUAUUCUAAUUUAUGGAACUCUUGAUGCAGUGAAUAAAGUACUGAAAUAAAAGAUAUUUUAUUUCUUAAGCCCUUUAAUUACAGAUGAAGUUAAAUAAGCCUUAAAAGUAAAUUUAGUAAUUGUUGAUGGUCUAAAUGAAAAUUUAAUCAUUAACUAAAACUUUAUUGAAGCCACUAAAUACUACCUACGUUAGAAAUCUUACAUACAACAAACAUCCUCCCUUUAAAGUCAAAUUAAUGAGUAAUUCAGUGGUUCAGAGAUGACUGUAAUAGAGUAAAAUACAAUUAAUAUUCAAUUUAAUACAUUUUAAGAUUCAGAUAAUUUUCCUAUAUCGUACGAAGUCAAGUUGAUGUCUAAUGAAUAAGGAGUAGGUUUUAUAGUAUUCCCAAUCGACUAUUGGUUAAAAUUCUAGCCUACUUCUCUGCAGUUUAGUGGAAUAGCUCCUAUAUUUCUUUUAAAUACAAAAAUUACUAUAAAAAUGAUAGCUACUGAUGGAUAUUCUAUUACUUCAGAUAUAUUUACUAUCAAGCUCACUAAACUACCAUUUACAUACGUGCUUAGCUUAUUGCUUUAGAUCUUAACUCCCUUAGUUAGUAUUGUAUAAAUUUAUAAAUACAGAUAUUUAAUAAUCAAUCUAUUCUGUCAUAAGAAGAUAAUUAGUUCAAAAGAGUGUGUUCAUCCUAACCAACUAUAUAUUAAAUUUAUCCUUCUAUUAGGUAAGAAUGUAUUGUAUGCCAAUUAAAUUGUUUAACUAUACAUAAAAGAAAUUUAGAAAAAGAGAAAAAGUUCAAUAAGGUUUUCUAAUCUAAGUCUAAAAUAAAGUGAAAUCGCUCAAGGCGAAACUCAAAAAUAAAUUCAGCGUUCUCAAAAUACUUUAAAUAUUAAUAAUAAAACUGAAAAUAGGUUGUAAUAUGAACAAAAUAGUUAAUUUAAAGAAGCUUUUCCAGUUUUACAAAACAAAUUGCCUGAAAUAUAUGAAACUUAUUGCACUAAAGAUGGAAGAAUAGACAUGAACAGAGUUUUUAAAAAUAUUUAAAAUAAUAAAAUACUUGAUUAGUAUAUGGGUUCUAAGAAUCUUUUUAGGAGUGGAUGCUUGUAAAAAAACGAAAUAUUUAUAUUUGAAGGAGUAAGAGUUUUUCUUUCUAGGUUUGUUCUUGAAAAAGAUGAAAAAUUAAAAAACUUUUACUUGUUUUUAAAAAAAUUAUCUUUAAAAUCUCAAAAAUAUUCGAACAAUGAUUGGUACAAAGACUAUGUUGGAAUAUGCUUAAAUCAAGGAGGAGAUUCAAAAUAUAUUGAAAAUAUAACUUUGGAUCAAGUAAUAAAAACUUAUUAAGUAAAGUAGGAUAAAAUUAUUUAAAUUUUUGGUAUAUACUAAAAAUCUGAGAAUUUAGAAAAUAAAUUGGAAAAACUAUAAACUCACUAAUUAAAUAUUUUGAAACAAGUUUUGAUAGGUGAUUCUCUUGGAAUAGUGAAUCAAGAAAUUGGAUUUUUUAAAAAAUGUUUUGGAGAAUCCUUAUGGUUAAGAAAAUAAAAAAUAAAGAGAAUAUAAGCCUAUUUAUAAGAUACAGAGAGCUGCUUAUUUAAAAUAAAGAAUUUAUUUAAUUGCGGAUUUACACCUUAUGGCAUUCAAAAAAAUUUGAAUUUACCUAAUUGGCUAUUUUUUGAGCUUAAAAGAGGCUAUAUUAUAUUUAAAGGAACUCCUACCGAACAAGAUAUAGAAAAAUUUUAAGUUCGAAUCUCUGACACGUCCCACUACACAGUAAAGAAAUUUGACAUAGAAGUUACAUAGAUGUAAGAAGUUUAAGAAAAUCGGUAAAAAGAGCAUUCUAUGAAUAUAACUAAAUAAUACCCAUAUUAAUAAAUGUAAACAGAUUCUAAUUUAAUAAAUAAUAAUAAAUCUUUUAACUUGCUAUAACAAUAAUAAUAUCUUAUAUAAAACGCCAAAAUCAAUAUGCCAUAAAAUAAUUGUGUUGAUGAUUUGAGCUUUAAUCAAUAACAUCAAAAAGAAUUAGCGAGAGAAGAAUAAUUUUAAAUUAAGAAAUAAUAACAAUAUGAAGAGGAAGAGAAAGACGAUGUAAUGGAAUAUACUAAUUAUGGUUAGUCUCCAUCAUCUUAGAACCAAAAUUAUUUAUUUUAGAGUAAGCCACAUGAUUUAAAAUUUUUAGAUUGGAGUAAUAUAAAUAUGUGA